AUACAGUACAGUAGGAAGCGGGAGGGGGCGAGGUGGCAGCAAGCAGUCUUGGGAGCGAGGAGAGAAGGCGAUGGCGCUUUUGGGGAUGUUUUAAAGUCUUGCGCGCGAGACACUCGAGGUAAUUGUUGUUUUUUUUUUUUUUUUUUUUGCGUUCAGUUCGGGACUCGGUGCGUUUUUGCGACUGUUGCUCAGGGUUAGGGCAUUUUUUUGGGUUUUUUUUUUUUUUUUUUUGCGCUCCCUCCGCGCAGACGUUUUAAGAAGGACGACGACGGGAGUUGCAAGCGCGCGCGACCCCGCAUUGCAAUAGCAACAAAGGACGAGAGCGCGCAUUGAUGGGACGCGACUUUGACAGGUUUCGGUGUCGUCGCUCCUAAAGUCUAAAGUGAGAAGGUCAACCAUGGCCGAGGCCGCGCCCCCCGACGCCGUGGCCAUCGACCCGGACUUCCAGCCCCAGCAGCGGCCGCGCUCCUGCACCUGGCCGCUGCCUCGGCCGGACUCGAGCGCCGCCAAGCCGGACGGCCACGACAUCAUCCCGGAGGAGGACGACGACGACGAGGAGGGCGCGCACCGACAGCACGCGGCCAUCGUCGGUGCGGUGACGGACGACCAGAGCGGCGGCGGCAGCCCGCUGGCCGACGGCGCGCUCUCCUCGCCCGGCCAGGAGAGCGGCGGCUCCCCGCUCUCGGGGCACUCGCCGCCCGCCGCCUCCGGAGCGCUCAGCUCGGGAGGCCUGGCCGUGCAUCAGACCCCCAGGAAGGCUUCCUCUCGCCGCAACGCGUGGGGGAACCUCUCGUACGCCGACCUCAUCACCAAAGCCAUCGAGAGCGCACCGGACAAAAGGCUGACACUGUCCCAGAUCUACGACUGGAUGGUCAGGUCGAUCCCCUACUUUAAGGACAAAGGAGACAGCAACAGCUCCGCUGGAUGGAAGAACUCCAUCCGCCACAACCUUUCACUGCACAGCCGUUUCAUCCGCGUCCAGAACGAAGGCACGGGCAAGAGUUCCUGGUGGAUGAUCAAUCCCGACGGAGGAAAGGGGGGGAAAGCUCCCCGCCGCCGCGCCGUCUCCAUGGACAACAGCAACAAGUACACCAAGUCCGCCCGCGGCCGCGCCGCCAAGAAAAAGGCCGCUCUGCAAGCCGCGGCGGCCGCGGCCGGCGACGUCAACGGCGAGAGCCCCUCGGGACUGUCCAAGUGGCCGGGGAGCCCGACGUCGCGCAGCAGCGAGGAGCUGGACGCCUGGACGGACUUCCGCUCGCGCACCAAUUCCAACGCCAGCACGCUGAGUGGCCGUCUUUCGCCCAUCCUGGCCAACCCGGAGUUGGAUGAGGUCCCCGAUGACGAGGCCCCCCUGUCGUCGAUGAUCUACUCCAGUUCCGGCACAGCUUUGUCUCCAGGCAACGCAGCAAACGGUAAGGCCCCACCCGCCGAGCUGCCCCGUCUGGCGGACCUGGCCGGUACGAUGAACCUGAACGAUGGACUAACAGAUGAGCUAAUGGAAGACCUGGACAACAUCAACUUGGUGCCAACCGCUUCAGGACAAGUCCCUUCAAACGGGACCUCAGGGUUUGCUUUUGUCCCCAAAUCCAAUGGGCUGGGUUCACCUUCGGCCAACGCCGCACCCUCGUCCAACUCUGCAUCAAACGGUGGAGGAAACUACAGCAACUCCAUCUUUGGCUCACACACGCCAGGCUCCUCCCUGCGUCCGUCCCCCAUGCAGACCAUCCAGGAAAACAAGCAGACGUCCUUCUCCAGCAUCAGCACUUCUCGUUUCGGUACCAUGACACUUCAGGACCUGCUCAACUCCGACAGCCACAGCGAUGUCUUGAUGACCCAGUCGGACCCGCUCAUGUCACAAACCAGCGCCGCCGCCAUCGUGUCCCAGAACUCCCGCCGCGGCCUCAUGCUGCGCAACGAUCCCAUCAUGACAUUCGGAACCCCCGGAGGAGUUCAGGGCAAUCAGGGGGAGACACUCCAAACCAACAACCACAAUCUGAGCUCUGUGAAAUCCGUCAACAGGGGCCUGAAUUUCGCCAAUGAGGUGAAUGCGCUAACUAAUGCCAAACAGCAGCUCCUGCUUUCACCAUUGGGAGGAAACGGGUCCACCUCCAUGCAGAUCGACACCUCCAUCUUCCUAAACGGGGCGGUGAGCGGCAAUGGGGGAAUCUCCCAGGAUCGUUUCCCCCCAGAUCUGGACCUGGACAUGUUUAACGGCAGCUUGGAGUGCGACAUGGACUCGAUCAUCAGGAACGAGCUGAUGGACGCCGACGGCCUGGACUUUAACUUUGACUCUCUGGUCAACAUGAACGGAGUCAGCAACUUCGCAAGCGCCAAGCAGGCUUCUCAGAGCUGGGUACCCGGUUGAAGAGGAUGCAUAAAGGUCUGAGCUAUGUAUCGCAAGAGCAAACCUGACACACGCCCCCCCCCUUUUUUUUUUUUUUUUUUUUGCCAAAAUCAGCCAUUAGCACAACACCGAACACCAACCUUGUGUUUACACGACGAACACUCGUCUCUGGGAAACGAGCCGCAGGACUUUUUAAGCGAUCCAACGCUUCGGAAGGAGCCUCCUGUGAAACGAUAACAAGAAGAAGAAAAAAAAAGUUACAACAAAACUCUUGAAUUAUGCAAGUUUCCUCACGUGUAAGACUCUCAAAGAGACGCCGGUCAUCGGGCGGGACUACAAAGACGAACAACAAAUGGGUGCACGAUGUUCUUGAUCAAUGUUCAAAACAAAAAGAAACUGCCGUGGAGAAGGUGUGUAAAAUCUGAUCCAGUGUAUUUUUUUUUUUGUGGGGAGGUUGUAUUUACUUCUACACUCCCCUUCUGUGAUUUUUUUUUUUUUUUUAAGUGUUCAGUGUUUGUUAUUCGGAAUUUCAGUUACGUCGACUAGCGUUGAAACUCGCGCGCCCUUAAGGCGAACACCGACGCACUUCCUACGUAUGGCUUGAACGGAAAAGUUUCGACGACUACAACGUUGGAUUGUUUCACUUUUUUGGUUUUAAUGCAGAGACAUGAAAAAAAAGGAGAAAAAAAGGCAAAUAGAAAGAAAAUCUCACUUGUGGUUAUUUGUACAGUUUGAGAAGGCUUUUUAAAUUGAUCACAGCAAAUAAUGUAGCUAAAAAAAAAAAAAUAAGUGAAUACCUGUGUUCUAGUGAUGUGAACAUUUCCACAGCAUUACAGGUGCUAUGUAAAAAAAAAAAAAAAAAAAACUGUUGAAUUUUGUCCUCGGAGCACCUCGUGCGUUUUUGUUUUUUUUUUUAGUUCCGUUCCGAAUCGGGUGCAGUUUUGACCCUCGACUUGCAAAAACGGCCUAUAAAGCUGCAGCCGCGCAUGGCGGGUAAAGGAGCGUGACCCCCCCGGUGCAUGAUGGGAGGUGAGUUGGGAGGGGGGUGGAGGUUAUUCCUCCAGCAGCCAUUUUCUGGAAACAAUAAGCUGUCUCGUCUAUAUGUUGCCAAAUUACUUGAAUCAAGCAGUAGAAUCAUGUUGGCAGCCAAAAUCACGCCACUCGUAUGCACGUUUCAAAACACACACACAGAUAUUAAAGACAAAUACAAGUGUGUGUGCAGCAGUCUUGUCAUCAACUGGUGGGGAUUUUUGUUUUUAAUGCAUAAUAUGUAGAGCAACACUCAGGGGGAGGGAAGGAGAUAAGGUUAGGGCGGGGCCUAUUCUAAAGAUAUUUUCAUUCAAAUGAAGAUUUCCAUAAUUUGGUAAAUGUUACAGAGACGCUUUGUGAACUCGUGACCUGUGAACUUUUCGACCCGUCGACAUUGAAGAGGAAGGUCGGGAUAUGACUACGAGCGGAAGUCCGCCGUUUGGAUUUGACUUUUCGUUUUGGAUGUUGGCCUCACUGAAAUGGAGAAGGAAUAAUGACGUCUGACAAAGUCAUAAUCGGAAAAAGUGUUCAUUUUCGGGAAUAGUAACAAUAAGAGCUGACGAUAUUGUGUCAAGAUGGGUUUAUUGUAAUAGCACAAAGCUUCGUGUUGUUCCUGAGAACCGUGUUAACGCUUGCGUGUGAAUUUUAAGAUUCACUCAUCGAAAAUUUUCCUCAUACUAUUAUUUGUUUUUCCUAAGGAAAAUUCCCGUUGAUAAAAUACAAUUUUUCCCUUGUAUUUAAAGUAGAGCAGUUUUCAUGAUAUUAUUCCUCCUAAAGUUGUCUUUUAACUCAUUUUUUCUUGCAAAUUCAGGCCUUUUAUUCGCAUAUGAUGACUUUUCUAAUAAGACUGACUUUUUCUUGAGUUUCUCAAAACACCCCGUCUUUCUCAAACAUGGCACAUUUUUCUUGAAGAUAUUUCCGUUCUCAUCAGAUCGAUCAUGAAUUUACAACUUUUAUAUUCCCCCCCAAGAAUUUUACUCUGAUGACAUGUCGACUUUUGUCGAAAAUCAGAUUUUUUUUUUUUUUAAAUCAGAUUUUUAAUCUGACUUUAUGAUUGUAAGAUUUUCAGCGUGGGCAUUUAUUUCCGAAUUAAUUAUUGCCUUUUUUUUUUUGGGGGGGGGGUGACAUGCAAACGUCCGGUGCUCCUGUAGGCUACUCCCCAUCGCCGCAUGUUUCUUUUUGUCAACUGCCGCCCCUUUUCCACUGUACACAAUUGAUGUAUUUAUGCAUUAUGUCCUUUGCGUGUGUGUGUGUGAAGCGCAUUUACCCGCUGUACGUCCCCGUCGCGUAUUCCCUCGCAGUACUUGACCCCUCGUUACCUCGCCAAGGUAGAGUUGAAGAAGUCUUCUGACGCGCCAGGCGGGAGGGAACGCUGUUGCCAUCAAACGUAUCCUUGAAGCAGAUUGUGUAACCAUUGUUGUAGCAUCUGGAGUCCCUGGAUUGGGAGAGGGCGGGGAGGGGGCAAAAUGAAGGCUUUGACCCCACUGUGUAUAAUAGUGUACAGAUGUGUAUAUAUACAUUUAUAUAUAAAAAUAUAUAUCACCAAGGCAGAGGACUGUCAGUGUGCAGUUUUUAAGGAUGAAGUGCACGAGCAGGCUGCAACCGCAUUGCAACGGCGUCGUCUCCUGACAGCAAUUGUAACACAAAGAGGACAACUACCAGUGUUUCGAUUUGCUAAAUCAGCUCCACUUGAACCAUCCUCUGUCUUGACUGCGUUCGUCAUGAUUAUUCGUGUAAUGUAAGACAAAAAAAAACUCCAGCUGUGUUCAGUGUUGUCCUUUUUUAAAAAAAAAAAAAAAAAAUGAAAAAAAACAAGUUCAACUAAACUAAGUGUUUGAAUUUGAAUACACUGACUGCACGGUGGAUCAGCUGGUAAAGCGUUGGCCUCACGGUUCUGAGGACCCGCCCCCUCGCCCGUGUGGAGUUUGCAUGGUCUCUCCGGUGCCUGCGUGGGUUUUCUCCGGGCACUCCGGUUUCCUCCCGCAUCCCAACAACAUGCAACAAUAAUUGGAUACUCUAAAUUUCCCCAAGGUGUGAUUGUGAGUGCGACUGUGUGUCUGGAUGUGCCCUGCGAUUGGCUAGCGACCAGUUCAGGGUGUACCCCGCCUCCUGCCCGUUGACAGCUGGGAUAGGCUCCGGCGCUCCCCGCGAAACCUUGUGAGGAUAAGCGGCAAAAGCAAUGGAUGGAUGGACUUUACAAAGUGUAAGAAUCACUUGUUUGAGGUCUCGGCCUUGGCUCCGUUCGUUCGCCUUCCGCGCAAAAACUGCAGUGCGCAUUUAGAGCAUCAAAAAUAAAAAUGAGACAAAAACCACUAAAAAAAAAGCAUAAUCACCUCAUUUGUAUUUUUUGUAAAAAGGCUCCCCUCUGCCCCCCUAUCCUUUCAACUUGGUCCCGUAUUAUUAAUCUUCUCAAUGUUGUUAGUUGGUAUUCUUCCUGUGUUCUCAUUGGGUUUUUUUCUGGAACCGUAAUCUAGUUUGUAUGAGAAAUGGUGCACAUGUAAAUAAAAGCUUGGUGGGGCUCCA